GGAGCAAGGUGGCCGGAUCUUGUGCGGCGUGAUGAGGAUUGGUUUGGUGGCCAAAGGCUUGUUGAUAAAGGAUGACAUGGACCUGGAACUAGUCCUGAUGUGCAAAGAAAAGCCCACAGAGACCCUCUUAUCCCUCGUCAAAGACAAUCUACCUGUCCAAAUCCAGAAACUCACCGAAGAGAAGUACCACAUAGAGCAUCAUCCCAGCGAAGCGGCCAUCGUCAUCCGUAGCACAACGGGGCUCCCGCUGACCCUCAAGGUGACCCUCACCUCUCCGCUAAUCCGGGAUGAACCCGAGAAGAAGGACGGAGUAGACAAUACCCCGGUGAAAGAGCCUCCGGAUUUACUCAGCAGGCAAAAGUGCCUCGAAGCUUUGGCGUCUCUGCGACACGCCAAGUGGUUCCAGGCCAGAGCGAACGGGCUAAAGUCGUGUGUGAUUGUGCUGCGAAUCCUGAGAGAUUUAUGCAACAGAGCUCCUACCUGGGCACCUUUGAAAGGUUGGCCCCUGGAGCUGCUGUGCGAGAAAGCCAUUGGCACCUGCAACAGGCCGUUGGGCGCAGGGGAAGCUCUCCGGCGGGUGUUGGAGUGUUUGGCCUCAGGCAUCCUGUUGCCAGGUGGGCCCGGCGUGCAUGAUCCCUGCGAACGAGAGCCAACGGAUGCCUUGUCUAGUGUGACUGUUCCACAAAGGGAAGCCAUAACCCAUAGUGCCCAGCAUGCCCUGAGACUGUCGGCGUUUGGCCAAAUCUACAAGGUGCUGGAGAUGGAUCCUCUCCCUUCCAAUAAGUCCUUCCAGAAAUAUUCGUGGUCGGGGGCCGACAAAGAAG